GCAGAGAGCGCUGCGAGGGCAUGGCCGCGGAGCGCCGCGGCUCCUGGUUCGGCUUCGGUUUCUGCGGCUUCGGGCAGGCGCUGGGCGCGGGCCACGGGCGGCAGGUGCACAGCCCCGAGCCGCUGUGCGCGCCGAGCGCGGGCGCAGACGUCUGCGGCGUGAGCGCCAGCUGGAGCUACACCGCGUUCUUGUGCCGUGAGUGCCGCCCCCUCCCAGCCCCGCCCCCGGCCACGUGUCCCCGCCUCCUGCUCAGCUGGCUCCCGGCUCCCUCAGGUGCCGGCCAGGUGCAGCUGUCCGGCUCAGUUGGUGGCACGGCAGACGGCUGCCGAGACGCGUGGGCCUCAGAGACGCUCCUCGUGGUGCUGCGCGACGGGCGGGGACCUGGGCCUGGGGCCGAGCUGCAGGCUUGGGCGCCCGGCUCGGCGCUGCGCGGGGAGCCCCUCUGGACCCAGACCGUGGUGUCGGAGGCCCAGCGGGAAGACCGAACGGGCGACGAUACCCGUGCCCGGCCGCUGCCCCUGCUGCCCGGCGCCCGCGCCUACGUGAGCCCGCUGCCUCCCCUGUACCGGCCUCUGGCCCCGGAGCUGCGGGCGCGUCGGUUGGCGCUGGGCACAGAGCACGUGUUGCUGCUGGAUGAGGCUGGCCAGGUGUACUCCUGGGGUGGGGGCAGGCAUGGACAGCUGGGCCACGGGACUCUGGAGGCGGAGCGGGAGCCCCGGCUGUUGGAGGCGCUGCAGGGCCUGCGCAUGGCUGAGGUGGCCGCCGGUGGCUGGCACUCCGUGUGUGUGAGCGAGACGGGGGACAUUUAUAUCUGGGGCUGGAAUGAAUCAGGGCAGCUGGCCCUGCCCGCCAGGAGCCUGGCCGGGGACAGCCAGCCCGCCCCAGGGCAAGCCACAGGACGGAGUGAACCUGGUUCUGACGCGACAGGUGCCGCCGGGGCCGAGGGUGGAGCCCCUGCCCCUUUCAUCGCCGUGCAGCCCUUCCCCGCGUUGCUGGAUCUCCCCCUGGGUUCGGAGGCGGUCAAGGCCAGCUGCGGGUCCCGGCACACAGCCGUGGUGACCAGAACCGGGGAGCUGUACACCUGGGGCUGGGGUAAAUACGGCCAGCUCGGCCACAAGGACACCACCAGCUGGGAUCGACCCUGCCGCGUGGAGUACUUUGUCGAUCAGCAACUCCAAGUAACGGCCGUGAGCUGCGGGCCCUGGAACACCUACGUGUAUGCUGUGGGGAGGGCGAAGAGCGGAGGUGUAUGGACAAAGGCAUGAAGCAUGUGCAGUGUAGUAAAAAUUUGUAAAGGUAACUAACACCUGUGAAACUCCCACCUGUUCAAGAAACACCGUUACCAAGCCCCCUAAAGGCCCUGUGUUGGCCCCUCCCCCCUCCCGACUUUGGAUAAUUUUUUCUUUUAAAGAUUUUAUUUAUAUUUAGAGAGGGGAAGGGAGGGAGAAAGAGAAACAGCAAUGUGUGGUUGCCUCUCAUGCACCCCCUACUGGGGACCUGGCCCACGAGCCAGGCCGGUGCCCUGACUGGGAAUCGAACCGGCGACUUGUCGGUUCACAGGCUGGUGCUCAAGCCACUGAGUGACAGCAGCCAGGGCAGAUUUUGUCUGCUUCUGUGUGGCUUCUGCGAGUCCUCUAAUAUCAGGUCACUACUCCACUUCUCUAGGAGAUCACUUCCUACGUUACAGGAAUGUCUAGUAUAUUGUACACCUGUAACAAUUUUCAAUGUCAAGUAUAA